AUGAACCCUGUGUGGAAAGUGUACAAGAGCAAAGUGCUGAAGACCCUGAAUCCGGAUCUAGAGGAGGACUCUGCAGGACAGGUCAAUGAUGCAGAGAUGGACAUGAGUCCUGUCCAGGAGGAAGAGGGGCCAAGUGCAGUGUCCCAGCUGGCCAAGAGAAUGCAAGGUGCUGGGGCUAAGGGCUGGAACCGAAUGUCUGCCCUGUUCAACAGAGAGGACGAGCACCAGCUAUUGGAUGAGACUGAGACCCCACCUGUCGCAGACCAUCCACUAGCAGCCAUGCCUGAGGAGCCACAGAGGCCCACCAGACCCUCUGGAUUCUGGGGUAGCUUUGCAAACAACUGGAAGCAAAUGGCCGCCACGAGACAAGGCGGGGAAAAUUCUGCCACCCCUGCUAAUGAGACCGGUCCGACAGUGGAGGGUCAUGAAGUGGUUGGGGAGGGAGGUGUUGAGGGAGUAGGGGAAGCAGAGAGUAACCAGGGGGAGAAUGUGGUGGGAGAACAAAAUCAAGAUGGGGGAGGAGGAGGGAGCAACAACAUCUUCUCCAAAUACGCCUCGCUGGGAGGAGGAAGCGAGAACACGUCCUUCAAGUGGAACUUUGUCACCAGCAAGCUGGCAGAUUUGAAGACCAAGAGCAUGGCUGGCCAGCAAGACUGA